CUUUUCGCACAGGUUUCGAGUUGGCCAUCCAGUUUCUACCUAUCGCGUUUGGCAGUGCUGCGGCUUUUCAGUGAAGUCCACUUCUUACAGCGAUCUCGUGCCGUGCAAAUGCAACAACCGUGAGAGGUGACUGCGUGUGGCUUUCUACGUGUCUUUUAAUCCUUCGGAUUCCUGUUCACCACAGCGUGAAAUCUAAAGGCGAAAAGUGACGGUCUUCAUACUGUGCGAGAAGAUUCAAUUGCCUCGACGAAGCGAUUGUUCGAAUCACGGAGUUUCUACGUUAAGUGCUUGUGUGAGGUUUUUGACCCUCUGAAGGAAGCAGGAACUGUUCCCAAGAGAUGAGUGCUGCACCAGCUGCCACCGCCGCUACUGCGCCGGUCCUCAGGAAGGGUAUCGUUAAACAGGUUCUCUCCGGUGAUUCGGUGAUUAUCCGCGGUCAACCUAAAGGAGGUCCUCCACCGGAGAAGCAGAUCAAUUUCGCUGGUGUCAUCGCUCCGAAACUCGCCCGGCGACCAACCGGCAAUACCUCGGAUGUCCCGCCUAGCAAGGAUGAACCAUACGCCUGGGAAGCCCGCGAAUAUUUGCGCCAGCGACUGGUCGGACAGGAGGUAUACUUCCAUGCCGAACGUCCCCCGAACGCGAAUCGCGACUAUGGAUUUAUUUGCCUCGGCAAGGAUCCGACUACCUCGGAAAACAUUGUGGAAUCAAUUGUGUCCGAAGGUUUGGUGAGUGUACGCCGUGAAGGUGUCCGCCAAACCCCGGAGCUAACCCGCCUGAUCGAGCUGGAGGACGCUGCGAAGGCAGCUCGCAAAGGCAAAUGGAGCGAUUCGCCGCUGUCCGAACACGUGCGCAACAUCACAUGGAAUGUCGACUCAAAGCCGUUCUUCGAUCAGCACAGUAGCAAACCGAUCAAAGCCAUCAUCGAACAUGUUCGUGACGGCUCAACGGUGCGUGCAUUCCUCCUGCCUGGCUUCCAGCACAUCACCCUAGUGAUGACCGGUAUCCGCUGCCCUGGCUUCAAGCUGGACGCUGAUGGUAAACCCGAUACCACGGCGGAGGUGCCACUAGCCGAAGAGGCACGCUAUUUUGUCGAAUCCCGCCUGCUUCAACGUGACGUCGAGAUCCGGCUCGAAUGUGUGCACAAUUCCAAUUUCCUCGGUACGAUCAUCUUCCCCAAGGGUAACAUUGCGGAAGCGCUACUCCGCGAAGGUUUCGCCAAAUGUGUCGAAUGGAGUAUGCCUUACGUGAAGGAAGGCGUCGAACGGUAUCUCGAUGCCGAGAAACACGCCAAGACUAACCGGCUUCGUUUGUGGAAGGACUAUCAAGCGCCGACCGCAACGUACAACACCAAGGAUAAGGAUUUCUCCGGAACGGUCUGUGAAGUGUUCAACGGUGAUGCCAUUGCCGUUAAGAUCAGCAACACCGUUACGAAGAAGGUAUUCUUUUCGAGCAUUAAACCACCCCAGCGUGAGACUGUUCGCAACCCUGACGAAGAAGGCAAUCCUCCACCACCACGCCCGAAGGGAUCCCGUCCCCUGUACGACAUUCCAUGGAUGUUCGAGGCCCGUGAAUUUCUGCGUAAGAAACUCAUCGGCAAGAAAGUACACUGUACACUGGAUUACGUAACUCCUGCCCGUGACAACUUCCCCGAGAAAUGCUGCUAUACUGUGACGCUUGGCGGAACCAACGUUGCUGAGGCUCUACUUUCGAAGGGUCUCGCGAAACUGUUCAACCGACAGGAUGACGAGCAACGGUCGAUGAAAUACGACGAGCUCCGGGCAGCGGAAGCGCAGGCUCGGAAGGGACUCAAGGGUAUGUUCGCCAAGGAUGACAUUCCAACGCAUCGUAUCAAUGAUUUGACGCUUGACCACUCCCGCAUCAAGCACCAGUAUCUACCCUCGUGGCAGCGUGCUCUGCGUACCGAAGCCAUUGUGGAGUUUGUGGCCAGUGGAUCCCGCUUCCGUAUCUACUGUCCCAAGGAUAGCUGUUUGGUGACAUUCCUGCUGGCAGGCAUCUCGUGUCCCCGUUCGUCUCGCCCUGCAUUGAACGGUAUUCCGGCGCAGGAGGGUGAGCCCUACGGAGAUGAGGCACUCCAGUUCAGCAAGGACCGUAUCCUGCAGCGGGACGUGAGUGUCAAGAUCGAAUCCACCGAUAAGGCUGCCACCAGCGUCAUCGGAUGGUUGUGGACUGAAAACAAUGCCAACCUGUCGGUUGCCCUCGUGGAGGAAGGUCUUGCCACGGUGCAUUUUACUGCUGAGAAAACGGAACACUACCGUGCCUUGAGCGAAGCUGAGGCUCGUGCCAAGGCCAAGAGGAAGAACAUCUGGAAGGAUUACGUCGAAAAGGUUGAUGAAGAGAAUAAGGAGAAUGAGGAAGAAAAGGAAGAUCCCACUGUCCCUGCUGAUCGCAAGGUUCGGUACGAGAAUGUCGUUAUCACCGAGGUUACUCCCGAGCUGCAUUUCUAUGCACAGCACGCCGAUCAGGGUGCCAAGCUGGAGGAAUUGAUGUCCAAGUUGCGUCAGGAGUUCCGUGCAAUGCCACCCGUAACUGGGUCCUACAACCCAAGGCGUGGGGAUCUUUGUGCCUCGAAAUUCAGCGAGGAUAACGAAUGGUAUCGCGCGAAGGUUGAGAAGAUCGAAAAGGGUGGUAACGUGUCCAUUUUGUACGUUGACUACGGCAACCGAGAGACUGUUCCUACAACCCGCCUAGCAAUGCUUCCGCCUGCCUUCCUCUCGGACAAACCGUACGCGCACGAGUACUCGCUGGCCUUGGUGGUACUGCCUACCGACGAGGACGAUAAGGCGGACGCCAUCAAGGCUUUCGCCCAGGAUACGCUCAACAAGACCCUGCAGCUUAAUGUCGAGUAUCGCAUCAGCGGAGCUGAGUUCGUAACCCUUGUUGACCCUGCCGCCAAAUCCGACAUCGGAAAGGAUCUGAUCAACGACGGUUUCCUGAUUGCCGAGAAGAACAAGAAGGAUCGCAGACUGCAGAAAUUGCUGAAUGACUACAAGGAAGCUGAGCAAUCAGCCCGCAAGAAUCGCAACGGCAUCUGGCAGUACGGUGACAGCACCGAGGACCAGGCCGGCGAGUUCGGUCUCGGCCGUUAAAGCCGCGCAGCCGGCUAAGCGUGAAUCAAAUCCCUGCCCAACACAAAAAAAACAACAACACAUAAACAUAUUAUAUACAAAUACGUUUAUAAUUAUGUUAUUAUUUUUGAAGCAAAUAUGCGCACUUUUGCUGAGACACUCACACGGUGUGCUGACGUCUUAAUCAGCUGUUCGAGAUAUUAUUCCAAUUUACAUAUAUUUUUUAUCGUAACAACAAACUUCCAACAAACACACACACAUCCUUUAGAGCUAGCAGGAAGCGAGUGAGAACAGUAACAGCGAAGAAUCAGAUGGAGCUAAGCGACAAAGCGGUCACGUUUGUCUCACUUUAUCGCUAUGUUGCGAUAUCAACCGUGGAAUACGAGCAACACAAAAUGAUCCCAGGGAAUAUCCAAUAGUGCAACGGAACAUAACAAUCAACAAACACACACACACAUACAGUAGCGCGAUUAUGUGAAAAGAAAUUGUCGCAUUCACCCAUGACUAGGAUUUUCAAAAACGAUUGAGACCAGAUAAAAAAGACUGUUACUUUUGAUUUGUCGAGCAAUAAUAUUGUCGAAUAUGUGGCUUACCAUAUUUGAAUACGUAGAUCCCGCAGAGAAAGAGAGCUGCCGUAUUUUUGUUUCUUUAUGUUCAAAUUGGCCGAUGGUAAAUGGGCGAUGGAGAGGCUUACGUGGAAAAAUCUCCUCCCGCUUUUCUCAAAUUUUCGGUAAUGAAACAAUGGAAUGCGCCCAAACUUUUACUGUUUUCGAGCAGCAAUCGUAAAAUCGAUUCUCGGUUCCAAUAAAGUGAUCAAAAACUAUACGUUUUGUUUCUGUUCCAAUCUAAUGGAUUCAUAUUAUAGGACAGCUGGGGGAUUACCGGCUUUUGAAUAAAUCGGAAAGUAAAAUAGAUGGGUUUGAAAAUAGGACAGACAAAAAAUUAUAUAUAUAUUUAUGAAAACGGAUGAUGUCUAAAACAAGAUCAAAAUAAGAAUUGGAAAAAAUUGAAUCGUCAAGUUAUUAUAUGCUCUACGAUAUAA